CGCUUUUGUCAGUUUGUAGCCGUCGCUUGUUGCUGUUAGAAGGCAAGAGAGAGAUACGAAAAAAGAGAGUUGAGCGCAUUCCAUAUCCAAAAACGUUAAUAUUCGAUAAGCAAAUACUUUCGAUAGUUGUUUCCAAUAUGUAAUUAACAAAUGUUAAAUUGUGAAAAUAAGCAAACGCACGCAAAUGCGAAUAUUACGAAAAAUGGCUGGACUGGAAUUGGAAUUUUACCGCUUGAAAAACACAAACAGCCAUAACCAAUGGGUAUCUGAGCAGGGAAUGCAGUGCCAUCAGCCACACAGCGACAGCAAUUGCAAUUGAUAGCAAAUAGCGAAAAUCCAACUCAAGUUCACUCUCGGAGCGAGCCACCUCACACAUAGCCCUUAAUUACGAGAGAUCAAAGACAGAGAUAAUCUCAACAACAACGACAUCAACAACAUAAAAAGCAACGACAUCAACAACAAUUGCUUCAGUAGAAUCAACAAUAACAACAUGCAGGUGCCCGAACACGUUGUCUCCCUCUACAUAGCCACAUGUGGCCAAAACGGACCCGGCCUUGGCUCGGAUGAAAAGGAAAUUAUACUGAUGGUCUAUGUGCUGCUCGAAGUGGCAACGGGACAGAUCAUUGGCACCAAACAAAUACUCGUACGCCCUGAUGGUUACUUCAUUAAGGAUCGCACCAUAUCUAGCUCAUCGGACAACUCGAAUGCUACAAACAACACAGCCUGCUCGCCGCCACUAGCCAUAGGCUAUGCCGGCGAUAAUAGCUCAAAUAACAACAACAACAUCAAUGCAACAAACAACAUCACAAAUGCAAGCGGCAGCAGCGGGAACAGCGCCACGAAUGGCAUCUGCCUCACCACUCUGGAGAACAGUAACGAGCUCAUAUUGCCCAUUGCGGAGGCUCAGUCAGCUGGGAAGCCCCUAGCCGAAGCGAUCGAGGAGUUCGAUGGAUAUCUGCGGUCCUUAUCGCUGCACGAUACAGAGAUCAAGCUGAUCACCGAUGGGCAGCUGCCGUUGCGUCAAUGUCUGCAUCGGGAGGCCUGCGCCAAGGAUGUGGAGCUGCCUGCCUAUUACAACAGAUUCAGUGAUCUGCGCAAAGAGUUCCAGCGCUAUAAGUCGGGCGAUCUAUCGCGUGCCCUCGUUCCACUCAAGGACAUCAAGAAGAUGCUGCAGUCACCUGUGCUGCCCAUGCCGCAGUCCAUUGGCGAAAUGCUUAAAGAGCUGAAUGCAACACCUGUGGAAGAUAAUGAUUUCUAUAUACGCGAAUCUCGCGAUAUGGUCACUGUGAUUCAAUCAUUGCUUCAGGCGGGUCAUAAGUUUGAUACUAAUGAAGUUGUAAAUCUUGUACUGGAGCCUGGAAUUUGCUCAAUUGACGACGAGGUGGACGGCAAUUGCAUCGUGCGUGCUCGUGGUUUGCCCUGGCAGAGCAGCGAUCAGGACAUAGCCAAGUUCUUUCGCGGACUCAACGUAGCCAAAGGCGGCGUUGCUUUGUGCCUUUCGCCGCUGGGCCGGCGCAACGGAGAGGCUUUGAUUCGCUUCGUUUCUCAGGAGCAUCGCGACAUGGCUCUGAAGCGGCAUAAGCAUCACAUCGGCUCGCGCUAUAUCGAGGUGUAUCGCGCAUCGGGCGAGGACUUUCUGGCCAUAGCCGGCGGCGCCUCGAACGAGGCGCAGGCGUUCCUCUCCAAGGGCGCACAGGUGAUAAUACGCAUGCGCGGACUGCCCUACGACUGCACGCCAAAGCAAGUGCUGGAGUUCUUUACCACCGGCGAGUCGCCCUGUCACGUGCUGGACGGCAGCGAGGGCGUGCUCUUUGUGAAGAAGCCCGAUGGACGCGCCACGGGCGAUGCCUUUGUGCUGUUUGCCAACGAAAGCGAUUCGCCGAAGGCGCUGGGACGCCAUCGCGAGUCGAUCGGGCAGCGGUACAUCGAGCUAUUCCGCUCGACGACGGCGGAGGUGCAGCAGGUGCUGAAUCGAUCGAUGGACCCGAAGACCUACGAGUCGAACAACCACGGCCAGCCGCCGCUGAUAGCACAGUUGCCCACCAUGCAGUUGCCGUUGCUGCCGCAGGUGGGUGCCGCUGCUGGCCACGCCCUCAACCCGCUGACAGCUAACGCUAGCCACGCUAACCUGUGCCCCCCACUUACCCAUGCCCCACAGCACCUCAUCACCUCGGGCACCACCAAGAACUGCAUUCGACUGCGCGGCCUGCCCUACGAGGCGAUGGUGGAGCACAUUCUGCACUUUCUGGACGACUUUGCCAAGCACAUCAUCUACCAGGGCGUGCACAUGGUCAUCAAUGCGCAGGGCCAGCCCAGUGGCGAGGCCUUUAUCCAAAUGGACUCGGAGGACUCGGCGCGCCUCUGCGCUCAGCGGAAGCACAAUCAGUUCAUGGUCUUUGGCAAGAAGUUCCGGUAUAUCGAGGUCUUCCAGUGCUCUGGCGAUGAUAUGAAUCAUGUGCUGAAUGGCGGCUUGGCCUCGCCGGUGGCGCCGCCGCCUCACCCCAGCCAUGCCCAUUUGGCCGCUGCUGCUGCUGCUGCCGCCGCCGCCGCUGCAGGCAAACAACCGUCGCUGCUCUCUCCGGGUAUGUUAGCUCAACCGCCGCCGCCACCCACCGGCGCUCAGGGCAUCGGCUCACACUCGCACACACACCCACACUCGCACACACACACGCAUGCGCACGCACACCCACACGCUGCAGCAGCUGCUGCGGCGGCUGCUGCUGCCGCUCAUCAUGCAUUGCAAACGUCGCCGGCGGCCGCAGCCGCUGCUGCGGCCAGCCUAAUGGGCGCCACCUCCCACGCUCCGCUCACGGCGGGCACGGCCAGCGGCUUGGCUGGCUUCAUGAGUGCCACGGCCCCGGCCACCAUGUCCAGCCACUCGUCUCUGUCGAGCAGCGCCCUGGCCCAGGGCGGCCUUACCGCCGCUUCGCAUGCCGGCUAUCCCUUCAAUCUCCCGCUGCCGCCCUCUGCAGGCGCCGCUGCUGCUGCAGCUGCUGCCGCCUCCAAUCCCGCGCUGCUCGCCCAGCAGCAGGCGCAGUUUAUAGCGCAGCACAAUCUGCUGGCCCGCCAGCAAGCGGCCGCCGUAGCCGCCGAGCAGCAGCAGCAGCAGCUGUAUGCCAACGCCGCGAUGCUGCAAACGCAUCAGCUGUACAUGCAGCACCCGGGCGCCGCUGCCGCUGCCGCCGCCGCUGCCAUGGGCGGCCAGCCGCAGUUUGUGUUCAUGCAGCGCCCCUAUAUGCAGCCCUUUCCCAUGGGCUACAUGUCCGCCGCGGGCUAUCCGUUCCCAGGCGCCUCCUCAGCCGCCGCGGCCGCUGGGGUGCCAGCGGGUGCCAGUGCGCCGGGCGCUGCGGCAGCGGGCAAUGCGGCCCUCGCACUGCAAUCGCACUCCAUGAAGCGCUCCUAUGAGAAUGCCUUUCAGCAGGAUCCGGCAGGGGCGGCGGCUGCAGCGAGUGCUGCCAAGCGCGCCCUAACCCGAGCGCCCAGUAGCGUCUACUCCUACUAUAAUCCAGGCAUUUAGUAGCUCUCCAUCAUGAAUGAUGAUCGAUGAUUGAUGAUUGAUGAUUGAUACGGAAAUCUUUGGACAUGAACAUUAUUGAUUACUGAAUGUACUCAAUCAAUUUUUAUUCUGCUUAGCUUAUUUCUCUUACACUUCAAUCAUAAUUGAAUGGUUUUUAAUUGAUCGAUAUAUAAAAUCAAUCAUGAUUGAUUUACUUGCUCUUAGAAGUUCUUUUCUGUUAGUAUUUAAUUCACUUGAUCAAUCAAAUUUGAUUGAUAGGUUAUUAACUCUUUUCUGUCAAUCAUUCAAUGCCUUCUUAUUAUGUCAUGAUUGAUGCAUACUUCACGCAUAUUACUUAAUCCAGUUUCAAUGGAACUCUAACAAUAUGAAACUCCGACUCUUCAAAUACAUUCCAAGUUAUAUAUAUUCACUUAUAUUUCAUACACUUAGAGGGUCUUAGUUUGCCCUUAGUCAAGAUUGAUUGCUUUUCAUUUUCGGCUCUUGCAAUGCAUUUUGAGUGGCGAUAUGGGAAUAUAGGGUAUGUCUACCCUAUAUACAUGUGCAUUCCAUUGCUCAUCUUGGCAACUCAUACAUCAACACACACUCACAUAUACACACUCACACACUUAUACCAGACAUUUCUAAUUGUAAAUUUUUAUAGUGAAAUUUCGUAGUCGUAAGUCAAACGAAAAGUAAGGAGUUUGUUUAAGGUCUAAGCAUUACUUACAUAUAUCUGUAUAUCUAUAUCUAUACACCACACACGAACACGCACACAUACGGCAUACACCCUCCCCACACACACAUAGACACAGACACAGACACACACAAACACAAACACAUCCCGGGCAAGCUAACAAAUGUGCAAAGCAAAAUUGUUUUCGUCUGUUUCUCGAUUUUCUUCCAAAUUGUUUGUAAACUAAAAAGUAAUGAAGCUGAUUCGUAAGCUAUAUAAUAUUUAACUACUAAGUGUAAUGUGUAUGUGCUUGUGUGUAUGUGUGUGUGUGCGGGUGUUUAUGUGUGUAUGUGCGUAUGCGUGUGCGAAGCGCUACUUCAACAACAGAGGCUAAUGUCCUUCAGGUAGCGAGCGUUGGCUGCGUGCUUCCGUCAAUCGAUCGGUAUCUGAACGUCUAUGUGUGGGUGCCACGCCCAUUAAGUGCAAUUUAAAAAUUAUUAUUUAAGCAAAGGCACACACACACCCGCACACGCUCACUGCCUGAAGGGCAUCAGGUGUUGGCUCAUGCGUAAAAAAUCGAACCUAAAACAAAAUGUGCAAAACUCAAAACUCAAAAAAAAAAAAAAAAAAAAAAAAAAAAAAAAAAAAAAAAAAAAAAAAAAAAAAAACCUUCUAGCUUAAAGACUAGCGUUAUUCGUAUAUACCACAUAUAUACCAUAUAAAAUAAUAUUAAUAAUAAUAAUGGAAUACCCUAGCUUUAAGUCGUACAACUUGUAAAAUUGGUUGGUUACACAAAACAUUUUUGAUUAAUAUUUAAAAACAACGAAAAGAAAGUGGAACUAAGCACUAGAAAACUUUCCUGUGUCCACCUGUAGCUGUUGCCACAGCCACUGCACUGCGAUCUGGGCGACACAACACGCUCACACAUCAAUAUCGUAAAUGUAAUCUCGAUAUGCUAUAUACUAUAUCCUACAUAUGCUCAUUAUAGGUUCGCGCAGAUCGCAGUGCUCAGCUGUGGACGGUCUCUAACACUCCGAACUCAUAAAUGGAAUUUGAAAUUUGAUUUUGGACGUAUUUUAAAUUAAAUGAUCAACGCAUAUACAUAGAGAGUAUAUCGUAUAUCGUAAAUCGUUAUAUGUAUACCAUUAGCCGAUAAGUGUGCGUAACUGGUGUUAGUCGCAAAUUGGAAAUUCUAUCGAUAUAUAUCAACUCUGUGUGUUCUCUGUCAUCACUAAUUUUAGUUUAUAGUCAAACUCCCCUUUUACUCUCUCCCUCUCUCUAUCUCUCUAUAUAUCUGCCACUCUGACUCUACCAAUCAGAUGCUCGUAUAUUACAUACAUAUGUAUUAUUCGAGCUACUCCCAAAUUGCUUUUGUUUCAUUUGUACGUUCUUAGCGCUUUAGUGUUUGAUAUAUAGUUAACUGACAUAUCUCUUUUUAUAUAUAUUUAUAUAUAUGGUUAUGGAUAUUUUUUGGGUUUAUGCUCUAAGUAUAUAUCUACAAAAUACAAUUAUAUAUAGUAUGUCUGUAUGUCUUUAAAAGGUAAUUGUAUAUGUUCUUACUGGGCGCUAUAGAUCGCACUUUAUAAACCAGAAUUGUGCCGAGCAGAGAACCAAACAUAAAAUAUAGAUAUUUGCAUAAUAUUCAACAAACAAAUAUUUACCGAUCCUAACUCCUCUUCUGCGUCUAACAAACAGUUUUGCGCUGCUUCUUGCAUUUCUAUAUAAAUAAACGGAUAAAACAUACAAAAUUGAUAUAAAAAGCAUGGGAAAGAUUUUUAUGGCUUAGCAUCUAAAAUAUUUAAAUUGUUAGUUAACUCCUAGUUCAUACGACAAUCGAGUGGUUCCCCAUGGGUUUUUUCUGCAAUAUACAUACAUUUACGAUCUAUGGCUUCCAUACAAAAGAAUAAAACUCAUAAGCAGCCACUUAAAAAAAAAAUACAACAACAAUUUGAUUAAUAACAUAUAUAAUAAACAAAUACAUUUGGAAUAACUUAAUUAGCUUUAGCACCUAAAACAAAUAUUUUUGAUAUUUAGCCUAGAGACAAUCGAACUUUUAUUACAACAAAUUUUUAUACUUCAAUAAAUAUACAUUUCGCUACCUACA